CUUGUUACUGUUCACCUCAUGUUUCAUAAUACAAUGUUUAGAAUACUUUUUAGCUUAUAUUCUGGGACAACAUGAUUGUUAAUCGUUGUUAAAAAUAAGUCUCUGCUCAUAAAAUUGAUCUAUCAGAUAAGACAACAUAUUCGAUCGAUCACGAUUCCGUUUUUCAGUGUUAGUUCACUAUGGAGUUUUCUUGAAUAAAUUAUAUUAGUCAUUGAGAAUUCGUAAACCAGUAACAAGUUUCAUACUCGAAUGCAAUUUCAUCGUUAUUUGUUUAUAUGAAUCCAAUACUCGCUACAUAUGGUUUAAAUUCAUAUCAAUUAGGAAUUACAUCAUUAUUUUCAAAUGCUUGUUCAUGUAUUUCAAGAAUUAUAUUUGGUAUGAUUGCAGAUCAUACAAAACAUCGUAAUUAUGUUUUAAUGGCUUUAUCAUCUACAUCACUUGGUUUAAUGUUGUUAUUUUUAACAAUACCAAGAAAUAAAGAAUAUUUGUUCAAUGGAAACAUGAAUGAGAAUGGGGAAUUUGUAAUGCAUUUAACACCAUUAUUAAAAAAUGACAGUCAAAGUAAUUAUAUGGAGACACUUUUAUUGAUGGAUUAA